AGGGUUUUAGUCGAAAUUGGAAAAGCUUGUUCUCAGUGCAUAGAGAGAGAUACUUGGCUUGAUUGGGAAGAAAGUUAGAAACCCAGAAAAUCAGAUGGCUCCCGAACCGGAAGACGAUUUCAAGGACGAGAAGAACCCUAAGCCUCUUGACGAGGACGACAUCGCUCUCCUCAAAACUUACGGUUUAGGACCCUACUCUACUCAUAUCAAGAAGGCAGAGAAAGAAAUUAAGGAAAUGGCAAAGAAGGUCAAUGAUUUAUGUGGGAUUAAGGAGUCUGAUACUGGCUUAGCUGCACCCAGCCAGUGGGAUCUUGUUUCUGAUAAGCAGAUGAUGCAGGAAGAGCAGCCACUUCAGGUGGCAAGGUGUACUAAGAUUAUUAAUCCGAACACUGAAGACGCAAAAUACGUUAUUAAUGUUAAGCAAAUUGCCAAGUUCGUUGUGGGGCUUGGUGACAAAGUUUCUCCAACCGAUAUAGAAGAAGGCAUGCGUGUUGGAGUUGAUCGAAACAAAUAUCAGAUUCAGAUUCCCUUGCCUCCGAAAAUUGAUCCAAGUGUGACCAUGAUGACUGUUGAAGAAAAGCCAGACGUAACUUACAAUGAUGUUGGUGGAUGUAAGGAGCAAAUUGAAAAGAUGAGAGAAGUUGUUGAACUUCCAAUGCUUCAUCCAGAGAAAUUUGUGAAGCUUGGAAUUGAUCCUCCUAAAGGUGUUCUCUGUUAUGGUCCUCCAGGGACGGGUAAAACACUUUUAGCUAGAGCUGUGGCUAAUAGAACUGAUGCUUGUUUCAUUCGAGUUAUUGGGAGCGAGCUCGUUCAGAAAUACGUCGGAGAGGGAGCUCGUAUGGUUCGUGAGUUAUUUCAGAUGGCUCGCUCAAAGAAGGCAUGUAUUGUUUUCUUUGAUGAAGUUGAUGCCAUUGGUGGCGCACGUUUUGAUGAUGGUGUGGGUGGUGACAAUGAGGUCCAGCGUACAAUGCUUGAAAUUGUGAAUCAACUUGAUGGGUUUGAUGCCCGUGGAAACAUCAAAGUUCUAAUGGCAACAAACAGGCCUGACACACUAGAUCCAGCACUACUUCGACCCGGACGAUUGGAUCGGAAGGUUGAGUUUGGCCUCCCUGAUCUGGAGAGCAGGACACAAAUUUUCAAGAUUCACACAAGAACAAUGAACUGUGAAAGGGAUGUUCGGUUUGAACUUCUGGCUCGGCUUUGCCCAAAUUCCACAGGAGCUGAUAUAAGGAGUGUAUGCACAGAAGCUGGAAUGUAUGCCAUCCGAGCACGAAGGAAGACGGUGACAGAGAAAGACUUCCUCGAUGCAGUAAACAAAGUCAUCAAGGGGUACCAGAAGUUCAGUGCAACGCCCAAGUACAUGGUCUACAACUGAGCAGCAUAUUUGGUUUGUUAGCGUUCCACAAUUUCAGUUUCAGUCGUACAAUUCCAAGUGAAUGUGAUAUUGUCUGAGCAAACUGAACGGGGGGCAAUAUGGAAGACAUGAUAUGUUCACAUAGUUCUGUCGGAGGCUUUAUCCAAUUUCAUAUCAAUUGUUUGAACUUUUAUCUGCUUUUGUUGUACAUUUUUUAUAAUGCCCCUGGAUUAUCUUUACAUCACUUUUCUGUACCGCUGUUUUUUCAAUUUGGAUCUGCAUGGUUUAUAUAGUGCUGCCCUUUGCUAGACAUCUUUAUGAUCCA